UUUUUAUCAGGGAAUUUGUACCUUUGUAAUGGUGUCUUGUUGUUGACAAAAACCCGUAUCAGUCCUCUAUUUGGGAGUAAAGGUAAAUUGUCUUAGUUUUUCCGAUUUGUAAAAUCGUCAAAACAUGGCAGCUCCUUUAAAACCAUGGGAAAGAGCUGGUGUUAAUUCGAGGGCUUUUUCUGGGGAUAUCGGAAAUCCCUUGCCAGCACCCGUCAUGAGUGGAGGUGGAGGAAGUGCGCUGGCAAACACGGGGCCUAGCGUUCCUCCUUUACCACCUAGAGUACCUGGAGCCAAUCUUACAACAAAUGAAUAUGGAGCAACUAAUAGCUACUCACCUUAUCGAACAGGCAUUUCAAGUUAUUCAAGCCCAUAUGGUUACAGCAGUGGGUAUGGAGGUUAUUCAGGCCUUACGAGUAGCUAUGGCACUGGUUAUGGAGGAUAUGGCACCAGUUAUGGAGGAUAUGGGGGCUACAGCUCUUACGGGAGAUCAUAUGGAGGGAUGAGUGACAACAGGUUUAUUUCCAUGGCAGAAGAGAGUUCUCAACCUGCAUUUCAAAGCUUGGAAUCAAUUGUUCAUGCCUUUAGCUCUAUCAGUAUGAUGCUGGAUUCUACCCUCAAUGCAGUUUACAGCUCAUUUAGAGCAGUAUUAGGAAUGGCAGAUCAAUUUUCACGUAUGCGAACCCAUCUAAGCAAAGUAUUUUCUGCUUUGGCAAUUUUCCGGACGGCCAAGUGGGCCCUUCACAAAUUAUUUUAUAUGUUUGGUUUAAGACGUGAUAAUCCGAUUAAUACUGCAUGGUCUUCUGCCAUAUCCAGUUCAGAUACCUUAUCUGCGGGUCUGUUGACAGAAGCUGAUAUUAAAAAAUCGAAAUCAUCGUGGCCUAUCACAUUAUUCCUUGCCAUCAUAGUUUCUGCCCCAUAUUUUAUUUGGAGGAUUAUUUCUUCUCUUGACAACCAACCUGAAGGACUCGGCAAAAAGUGGGCAGACGGUCUAGGAGAACAUUAUACUGCAGUGGCAGACUACGAUUUCAAUGCCGGAAACGACCAAGAACUCAGUUUCAGAGCUGGCGAGACCCUUCGGUUAGCUCCUCGUGCACUUCAACCACGUAUCAAAGGAUGGAUGUUGGCUGGUACUGAUGCACAACACACUGGCCUCAUACCUGCGAAUUACAUCAAAAUUUUGGCCAAACAUGAAAACGCUCCGCCUGUAUAGUUUCUCUGACAAACGAUAAAGCCAAAGCAAAAUUAUUGCUGGAUAUUAUCGGGCGGUGAUCCCUCUUUUGUAAUUUGAGCUAUAACAUAAGUCAUUUCUUUGGGCCAUAAGUCAAGCUCGCGUCCGUAAAUAGAGUUUGAGAUUGAUGGCGGUAAGGAACAAGCUAUUGUUGAAGUUAAUUCCAAGGUUUUUUUUUGUCUUUUUCAAUCAUUUCAUUUUUAGAGGCUUUUGCAUAGAGGUCGCUCAAUCGUUGACGAAAUCGUAUCAUGGUGAUUCAUUUAUUUGUUAUGCUGGGUUUGUUUAUUCGUAUUUCAACCAAUAUAUAAAGUGGGCUAUUCAUUCAACUAUUGAUGUUAA